CGGCGUGACUGAACAGAAAACCACACCACUGACUCCGUGAAGUUCAUUUACGCGGAACUGAGAAGUAGUGCUGUUGUUUGUGCUAAUUUAAACGUGGCUGGUGAAGUUUUGGUGCGAAGUGUCCAUGCGAAUUUUAUUCCGAAUUGAAUUUUAGUAUCAAUAUCUGAUCGGAUAAUUUUUUCCUAUCCACUUCGAAUAAUCAUCAUUGAAAAGUAAUCCAUUUUUGGUAAACAUGUACAGAGCAAGGGCAGUGGUAAACAAUUUAGUGCCCUUUAUUCCGAAUGUGGCGGGUCGAGAAAGGUUCGCAUCGUGGCUUCUAAGCUCCAGUAGGAAUUAUAGCGCCAAAGGGUCGCGACCGUUCAGUAAUCAAGCGGCAGCUGAACCGUUCUUGAACGGAAGUUCCUCCAGUUAUGUCGAAGAAAUGUACAACGCUUGGUUAGAAGAUCCGAAAAGCGUUCACAAAUCAUGGGAUACAUUUUUUCGCGGUAGUUCUGCCGGACGUGCUCCAGGACUUGCUUAUCAAUCUCCACCAAGUCUCGCAGAACCCGGCCGUAAUCAGGUUCCAAUAUCCAGCGUUGUACCUUACCUAGGUGCACAAUCUUCUUUAGGAGUUCCUAUCGAUGAAAAAAUUAUCGACGAUCAUUUAGCCGUUCAAGCUAUCAUCAGAUCGUAUCAGAUCCGAGGCCAUCAUAUUGCCAAAUUAGACCCGUUGGGCAUUUCAAGCGCCGAUCUAGACGACAGACAUCCACCGGAGUUAUUAUACAAUCAUUACUCUUUCGGGAGUAAUCGGCCCUCUACCACGUAUUCGAAAAACCUUCAGCGUAAAGUUGCUUCUAUGAUGGAACAGGAAACAGACAUGGAUCGAGUUUUCAAAUUGCCCCCGACGACAUUCAUCGGCGGUAAAGAGAAAGCGUUACCGUUAAGGGAGAUCCUAAGACGUCUGGAAGAAGUAUACUGCAGACAUAUCGGCGUCGAGUUCAUGUUCAUUAAUUCACUAGAGCAGUGUAACUGGAUUCGACAACGUAUGGAGACGCCCGGUAUCAUGGAAAUGUCGCCAGAUCAAAAACGUCUCAUUUUGGCUCGACUUACAAGAGCUACAGGGUUCGAAGCCUUUUUAGCUAAAAAAUGGUCAAGUGAAAAACGUUUCGGCUUGGAAGGAUGUGAAAUCUUGAUUCCAGCCAUGAAACAAGUGAUCGACAGAUCGACCGAUUUAGGGGUCGAGUCUGUGGUUAUCGGUAUGCCGCAUCGUGGACGUUUGAAUAUUCUGGCGAAUGUUUGUCGUAAACCGUUGGAACAAAUAUUUACACAGUUUGCCGCCCUAGAAGCUGCGGAUGAUGGCUCCGGAGACGUUAAAUACCAUUUGGGUACAUAUAUUGAACGAUUGAAUCGAGUUACGAAUAAAAACAUACGAUUGGCUGUCGUCGCGAAUCCAUCGCAUUUGGAAGCUGUCGAUCCGGUUGUACAAGGAAAAACCAGAGCUGAACAAUUUUACCGGGGUGAUAACGAAGGCAAAAAGGUCAUGUCUGUAUUGUUGCACGGUGACGCUGCAUUUUGCGGACAAGGUGUGGUUUACGAAACUUUCCAUUUAUCCGAUUUGCCAGAUUACACGACACAUGGCACCGUACACAUUGUGGUAAAUAAUCAGAUUGGAUUCACUACUGAUCCACGUCAUUCGAGAUCAUCGCCGUAUUGUACUGAUGUUGCUAGAGUAGUAAAUGCCCCGAUAUUCCAUGUCAACUCAGACGAUCCUGAAGCUGUCAUGCAUGUUUGUAAUAUUGCUGCCGAAUGGCGUAACACUUUCCACAAAGAUGUUGUUAUUGAUAUUGUUUCUUAUCGAAGAAAUGGCCACAACGAAAUAGACGAGCCUAUGUUUACACAACCUCUGAUGUACAGCAUCAUCAAAAAGACAAAACCAGUUUUAGAUCAGUACGCCUCAAAACUUCUCAGUGAAGGGGUAGUUACGCCUGAACAAGUCAAGGAUGUUCAAGAAAAAUACGAAUCGAUUUGCGAAUCAGCACUUUUGAAUGCUAGAAAAGAAACUCACAUCAAAUACAAAGAUUGGUUGGACUCUCCUUGGUCUGGUUUCUUCGAAGGAAAAGAUCCUUUGCGAAUGUCACCUACUGGUAUUAAAGAAGACACGUUGAUUCAUAUUGGAAAACGAUUUUCAUCCCCGCCUCCUAAUGCUGCCGAGUUCGUUAUUCAUCGAGGUAUCGAACGUAUUCUCAAAGCUCGUAUGCAAAUGGUUGAAGAAAGAACUGUAGAUUGGGCUUUAGCCGAAGCUAUGGCCUUUGGAUCGUUGCUGAAAGAAGGUAUUCACGUCAGGUUGAGUGGACAAGACGUAGAAAGAGGCACGUUCAGUCAUAGACAUCACGUUUUACAUCAUCAAAAUGUAGAUAAAGCUACGUACAGACCGUUGUCGAAUUUAUACCCUGAUCAAGCGCCUUAUUCUGUGUGUAACAGCUCGCUUUCUGAAUUCGCUGUCGUCGGAUUUGAGCUUGGUUUCUCAAUGACCAAUCCAAAUGCAUUAGUAUGUUGGGAAGCUCAAUUUGGAGAUUUCAACAACACCGCUCAGUGUAUUAUUGAUCAAUUCAUCAGCUCUGGUCAAGCGAAAUGGGUCAGACAAUCGGGUCUAGUCAUGUUAUUGCCUCAUGGGUUAGAAGGAAUGGGUCCAGAGCAUUCGUCUGCUCGUUUAGAAAGGUUUUUACAAAUGUCAUCGGAUGAUCCUGAUUAUUUCCCUCCUGAAAGCGACGAAUUCGCUAUUCGCCAACUUCACGAUAGCAACUGGAUUGUUGCCAACUGCUCAACGCCGGCUAAUUAUUUCCACAUUUUACGCCGUCAAAUUGCCUUACCUUUCCGUAAACCUUUGAUUUUGAUGACACCUAAAUCAUUGUUACGUCAUCCUGAAGCAAAAUCUAGUUUCGACGAAAUGAACGAUGGUACUGAAUUUUUAAGAAUUAUCCCCGAUAACGGACCAGCCUCGCAGAAUCCGUCUAACGUUAGAAAAGUUAUAUUCUGCAGUGGUAAAGUUUAUUACGAUAUUAAAAAGGCCAGAACUGACAAAAGUUUAGAUUCAGAUAUCGCUAUUGUGCGAGUUGAACAGAUAUCGCCUUUCCCAUUCGAUCUUAUUAAGCAAGAGUGUAACAAAUACCCUAAUGCUAAGCUAGCUUGGGCCCAAGAAGAACAUAAAAAUCAAGGUUCUUGGACCUACGUACAACCAAGAUUUAGUACAGCGUUAGGUGGCAUCAGACCAGUAAGCUACGUUGGUCGUCCCAGUGCAGCUUCGCCUUCGACUGGCAGCAAAAUGCAGCAUUUACGAGAAUUAAAUGCGUUAUUAGAAGAAUCUAUGAGUUGAACACCUCGUGAUUUUUGUUUAUUUUGAAUUUUUUUUCGUAUGAGCGAUCAAUUUAUGUACUUUCGUGAACUAAUUUUACAGUAUUUAUUUCUAUUCGCACUUGUACAAAUCCUAUUGAUUUCUUAUUUUAUUUCGCUUUCUAAUUCUUUCAUUCUUGUUUUUUGUUGUUAUGUAUUUUAAAAUAUUAAGAUGUAACUGUAAUAGAAUAGUUACCAUUGUAGAGUGUACUUAAUGAAAUUACGUUAUUUUUGUUGUGAUCCUUGAAAAUAAUAAGUUUUUGUUUUAGCUUAUUCGUGAUCUUUUUUUCUUUGUUUUUUUCUAGGUAUAUGAAUAAAAUGUUGCAACGGUG